GGAUGUAAGAUACGGUUACAACUCAUAUAAAGGGUCAAUGUCGAUGUUGAAGCAAAAGAAAAUAGGAACCGGAUUCAGGAUCAGGGAUGAUUGGAAUGUUGAGAAAACACAGGAGAAAUAUUCUACAAGGACUAGCGGUGAUUGGGGUUACAACUCUGUGUUUCAUGAUCCUUGAGAAAUGUGUUAAAGACCAGCAAGAAAUGUAUAACAAAGAACGUGCAAGACUCUGGUUAAUGGCAAGACAUGAAAUCGAUGGAACCAUUACACUUAAUGGCACUGUGAGACCAAAUCGUUGUGAUGAAUGUUUUAAAUUUCAUUACAGAAUGCUUAAAGAAUAUCCUGAAACUUGCAAAAAUCCAGGAAACAUUCAAUUAGUGCUGUUGAUAUCCACAACUCCUAAGGCUCUGAAGAGGCGAAUGGUUAUAAGGGAAACUUGGCUCACUUAUGCAAAGAAAAACUUAGCCAAUGUUCGUUAUGCCUUUAUUUUAGGGGCCAUUCAUGAUGUUAACUUACAAGAAAUGAUAGACGAGGAGGAUAAAUACUAUAAAGAUUUUGUGCAGGGGGAUUUCCCAGACAACUAUUACACACUAACCAUAAAAACUCUUCUAGGUUAUCACUGGGCAGCAAAACACUGUCCAAAUGACACGUUCGUUGUCAAAACAGAUGAUGAUGUGUAUAUUAAUAUUCCAGCAAUGUUAGACAUCACAACAAAGCAUGGAACUCAACUACAGCAUUCCAUUGGAGGAUUUUGUAGGGAAGACAUCGGACCAGUUAGGGAUAUUGAAUCCAAGUACUACGUGUCCUAUGCGGAAUAUCCCUCAGAAAAGUUCAAAGGUUAUUGUUCUGGGACUGGGUAUGUGACCAGUAUGAAUGUUGUCAAAAAAGUAGCCCAGAUUUCAAAAAACAUUCCAUUUUUUCACUUAGAGGAUGUUUAUAUAGCAUUCUGCAUAGAAGAACUGAAAUUUUCAUUGUAUCAUAUUGAUGGUUUUAACACAGUGUAUGAAGAGGAUAAAUACACAACCUUGUGCUCAUUAAAAAGUGAUUCUGUUGUUGUAUUGCACAAUUUUAAGAAAAGACCAUCAUUUUUACUAGAAAUAUGGAAUGUUUUAUGUUAUACAGAAUCUUGAACUUUUUUAUACUUCUGAAUUCAGGGAGAAGAUUUUUUUGAAACAUACCAAA